GGAAAUCCCAAGAACUCUGUCACACUGUGUCAUAACGCAAGAGCUGCACAGACGCGGUCCACGCUCGCGGAGUGUAUCACUGGCGUUACUGGAGAGUGUCCUCGUGUUUUGUGUGUGUGUGUGUGAGCUGCAGUCAUGGCUGUGGACGGAUCAGACCAGCGCGCGCUGCAGUAUGAGCAAACUUUGAUGUAUGGGCGUUACACUCAGGAAUUGGGUGUUUACGCUAAAGAGGCGGCAGCACGACUUCGAGAGGACAGGCGUCACCGACGCUCCAUUUCCGACCGCAGUCCGCCACUCAAACUCCUGGAAUAUGAAAAGGGACGAUGCAUCAAGUGUCGAAUCUGUGCAGUGUACUGCCAGCGGUUCUUCAUGUUGCGGGUUGGCGAGGAUUGGAUCUUCCUCAUCCUGCUGGGACUCGUCAUGGCUCUGGUUAGCUUUGUCAUGGACUUCUGUAUAGCCCUUCUAUUACAAGCACAGAAGUGGAUGUACGGCGGUUUGGACAGUAAUGUGAUUCUGCAGUAUUUGGCGUGGGUCAGUUAUCCUGUGGUUCUCAUCAGUUUCUCUGCAGGAUUUACUCACAUAGUAGCACCUCAGGCAGCUGGUUCUGGUAUUCCUGAAAUGAAGACGAUUCUGAGAGGUGUGGUGCUGAAGGAAUAUCUCACAUUAAAAACAUUUGUGGCCAAAGUCGUCGGUCUGACGUGUGCACUGGGCAGCGGAUUACCUCUGGGCAAGGAGGGGCCGUUCGUGCACAUUGCGAGUUUGUGUGCUGCUCUUCUGUGCAAGUUCAUGUCUUUCUUCGAUGGGAUUUAUGAGAAUGAGUCCAGGAACACUGAGAUGCUUGCGGCUGCCUGUGCUGUCGGUGUUGGAUGCUGCUUUGCUGCUCCCAUUGGGGGUGUGUUGUUUAGCAUUGAGGUCACCUCCACAUUUUUUGCCGUACGAAACUACUGGCGAGGAUUCUUUGCUGCUACAUUCAGUGCCUUCAUCUUCAGAGUGCUGGCGGUGUGGAACAGAGAUGAAGAGACGAUCACAGCUCUCUUUAAAACACGCUUCAGGCUGGACUUCCCCUUUGACCUCCAGGAGCUUCCUGCCUUCGCUGUGAUCGGGAUUGCUAGCGGAUUCGGCGGCGCCUUGUUUGUGUAUUUGAACAGAGUGAUCGUUCAGUUUAUGAGGAAACAGAAAACCAUCAACAAGUUUCUCAUGAAGAAGCGUCUGUUGUACCCCGCUCUGGUCACUCUACUCGUAUCAACACUCACUUUCCCUCCGGGCUUUGGGCAGUUCAUGGCAGGACAGCUCACACAAAAGGAGACUCUGGUUUCUUUUUUCGACAAUCGCACCUGGGCAAAGCAGGGCAUCUCAGAGGACUUUAAUUAUGACAGUCACUCGACCGCCUGGAAACAUCCGCAGGCCAACGUCUUCAUCAUCCUCGUCAUCUUCAUCGUUAUGAAGUUUUGGAUGUCGGCUUUAGCCACAACGCUUCCUGUACCAUGUGGAGCUUUCAUGCCUGUUUUUGUCAUCGGUGCCGCGUUCGGGCGUUUGGUGGGUGAGAGUAUGGCCGCAUGGUUUCCAGAGGGCAUCAAUACAGAUGGCACCAUCAACCCCAUAGUGCCCGGAGGAUACGCUGUUGUGGGCGCGGCAGCGUUAUCCGGAGCGGUCACACACACCGUGUCGACGGCAGUGAUCGUGUUCGAGUUGACCGGUCAGAUCAGUCACAUUCUGCCCAUCAUGAUCGCUGUGAUUCUUGCCAACGCCGUUGCUCAGAGUCUUCAGCCGUCCAUCUACGACUCCAUCAUCCGCAUUAAAAAACUGCCGUACCUGCCCGAACUCGGCUGGGGCAACCACGAGAAAUAUAAUAUCCGUGUGGAGGACAUCAUGGUCAGAAAUGUUCAUUAUAUCACUCUGAACUCCACAUACAGAGACUUACAUGAGAUCCUCCUGAUGGGAAACCUCAAAACACUGGCUCUGGUGGAGUCUGCAGAGUCGAUGAUCUUGUUGGGUUCGAUUGAGCGCGCUCAGUUACAGGCGCUCUUAACGCAGCAUCUUAGUCGUCAGCGGCGACUAGAUUACCUGCGAGAGCGUACGGAGGCGGAGAAAAAACGCAUGUCUGUAGUCAGCACACCCAGCAGUGAGGAAGGAGGUCAAAAGGUCAAUCACGAGGUUCGCUUCCAGAUCUUCACAGAAGAGUCAUCGUUCCCCCCCGCUUGUCCCGUCUCUCCUAAACCUCUGAAACCUGCUCUGAAGAGAUCGUCUGUAGCCGAGAAGAACACAAGUCCUCAUGAUUCUGGAAUCGGCUUCAGAUAUUUACUGUGCACUCGCCCUCAGACAGACGUAGUGGAGGAUGACCCAGAUGCAGAGGACGAUAUGACACUUCAAGAGAUCGAGGAGUGGGAGGAGCAACAGCUUGAUGAGCAGGUCAACUUCAACAAUUGCAAGAUUGACCCCGCCCCCUUCCAGCUGGUGGAACGCACUUCACUGCACAAGACUCACACCAUCUUUUCUCUGUUGGGUUUGGAUCACGCUUAUGUCACCAGUAUCGGACGACUGAUUGGUGUUGUUUCACUGAGAGAGUUGCGUAAAGCCAUCGAGGGCUCUAUGACGUUGAAGGGGGUGAAGGUGCGCCCGCCGCUGGCCAGUUUCCGUGACAGCGGGACGAGCGGUACCAGCAGCGAAAGCGAAGCCACCGAACUGCACAAACUGUGGGACCGUCACACGAGCCUGACGCUGCCCAGAGAACACCAACCAAACACCUCCGAUUCAGACGAGAAGUCCCAGUGAUGUCACACAAACAUCCUCAGAGCUUCCUGUCUUCACUUCCUGUCUUCACUUCCUGUGCUUAUUCAGUUUGGCUUUUGGAAAAUCAGGGACUCUUUAAACGUCGUCCUGUCCCGUGUGUGUGUGUGAGUGUGAGUGUCUGUGUGUGAGCCUGUGUGUGUGUGUGUGUGUGUGUGUGUGUGUGUGUGAGUGUGUGUGUGUGUGUGUGUGAGUGAGUGUGUGUGUGUGUGUGAGAGAGAGUGUGUGUGUGAGAGAGAGAGUGUGUGUGAGAGAGUGUGUGUGUGUGUGUGUGUGAGAGAGAGAGUGUGUGUGAGAGAGAGAGUGUGUGUGAGAGAGAGUGUGUGUGUGUGUGUGUGUGUGUGUGAGAGAGAGAGAGUGUGUGUGUGAGAGAGAGAGUGUGUGUGUGUGUGUGUGUGUGUGUGUCUGUGUGUGAGCCUGUGUGUGUGUGUGUGUGAGAGAGAGUGUGUGUGUGAGAGAGAGUGUGUGUGAGAGAGAGAGUGUGUGUGUGUGUGUGUGAGAGAGAGUG